ACGGCCCUGUCACCACACUCAGGGCCUGACGCCAUUCCUGAGAGCUGCCGCCCAGGGUGUCCUCCUCGCCUGCUUCCCUGCCCGCAGUCCUGCCUGCUGCUGUCCCUGACCUGUGUCAUCAUGCCUCGGGGGCGCAAGAGCAAGUGCCGUGCCCGCAUAAAGCGCCACCAGGCCCGGUUGGAGACCCAGAAUCUCCAGGGUGCACGGGCCACUGAAGCUGCCGCAGCAGAGGGGGAGACCCCCUCCUCGCCCUCUUCUGUUUCUCAGGGUUCUCCCCCGAGCUCCCCUGCCGCUGGCACUAGCCAGCAGCCUGAGGGAGCCGUGGCCCCCAGCUCUCCCGAGGCGGGGAGUGCGUGCUCGGGGUCUGAGCAAGGUGCCCAGAGCCAAGAGGAGAGGGCCAGCGCCUCCCAGGCAGCAUACUCCGCUCAGAGCUCUCUCAGAGAUCCUCUGACCAGGAAGGCGUGCAAGUUGGUGCAGUUCCUGCUGGAGAAGUACAAGACCAAUGAGCCCAUCACGCAGACAGCCCUGCUGAAGAUCGUCAAAAAGAAGUACAAGGAGCACUUCCCCGAGAUCCUCAGGAGAGUCUCUGAGCGCUUGGAGCUGGUCUUUGGCCUGGAGCUGAAGGAGGUCGACCCCAGCAGUCACUCCUAUGCCCUGGUCUGCAAGCUGGGCCUCCCCAGCGACGAAAAUCUGAGUGGUGAUAGGGGGCUGCCCAAGUCUGGUCUGCUGAUGACGCUCCUGGGCGUGAUCUUCAUGAAGGGCAACCGUGCCACUGAGGAGGAGGUCUGGGAGUUCCUCGGUGCGUUGGGGGUCCACCCUGGGAAGAGGCACUUGAUCUUUGGGGAGCCCAGGAGGCUCAUCACCAAAGAUCUGGUGCAGCAGAAGUACCUCGAGUACCGCCAGGUGCCCGACAGCGAUCCUCCCCGCUAUGAGUUCCUGUGGGGCCCGAAGGCCCACGCUGAAACCACCAAGAUGAAAGUGCUGGAGGUUCUGGCCAAGAUCAAUGGUGCGGUCCCCAGGGCCUUCCCCAAGCUGUAUGAGGAGGCUCUGAAAGAUGAGGAGGAGAUAGCUGGGGUGACAGCUGCGGUCAGGGCUGCAGCGCGUGCCAAGGCCCGUGCAUGUUCCAAGGCCAAGUCCUGCAGCUCCUCCCAGGUCUAGGGAAGCCGGGGCAGCUUGUUCACUUUGUGUUUAAGAGA